AAAUCCCAGAUGUAUCACCCAACUGAUUCCUUUUAAUAUAUAAAAUAUGUUGGUUGUAGCAGUUGUAAUAGAGAAAGUAUGCCAUUUUAAAAUAUUAUACUCAAAUUUAACCUUGAAAAAAUGUCUUAGUGAACGGUAGCAACUCAAAACGCUGAAAAAAAUUACACUUUCUGUUUCGAGGUCAUUUUUGUGACAGAGAAAUCAAACAAAUUAUGAAAAUAGUAGGAUUUAAUGAUGCACAGCCCGUUUUAUGACAACAAUAAUGAUAUAGUCUAGUUAUAUCAGGAUGUUUUUUUUUUUAUCUGUUUAGCUUGAGCUAAAAUAUCUUCUCAUUUGAAUAGAUGUCUAUUUUUAACAUGUAUGUGAAAUAACCUUUUUUCCAAACAUAUUGACUGCUGGCCACUAGCUUUAGUAAUUUUUAUAGAAACAUCCAUUGACUAGACUAUUUGGUUAAUAUUUAAGCUUUUUCAUCUGUAGCUUGUGUAGAGUCACAGAAACAAAUGGAGACUUUGAAAAAUAAAUCACAGAAUCAACAAGCAGAGUCCAUUUUUAGUUUGACAUAAUAUAAAACGGCAAGCUCAAAUGGGGCUCUGUAACCUACUUGGUGUCUAUUUUGGGGCCACAGACUGGAUAACUGACCCCAGAGCAUGUAUAAGUUAUGUAUUUGGGUCACAGCAUUCCCUUAGUCCACCCAUCUGGGACCAUGUCAUAUGACACCGAACUCGUGAUCUAACACAUCACUGCUUGCCAACAUCAUGCAGGCUGAGCUGGUUCAACCUCCAAGGAAUGUGUUUCUUCACGUCAGCUGUACUUUGCCCUUCCCCUUGCUGGAAGCAAUUAUCAGCUAUCUCAACGAGUUUCAGGAAAACAACACAUAAAGAAGAACUAGGCCUAGCCCAUACACUGUAUGCUCUGAUUUCCUGGAUAGGACGACUGGAAUAUUCUGGUUGGGUCCAGAUAAGCAGGUUUCGCAACAAACAUGUCACAAGUGAUGGAGGAAAUGGACUGCAGUUGAUUUAAUUGAUGUACCUAAAAAUGGAGCUUGUGAAACACUCUGGUGGAUGCCACUGUGGAGCUGUUAGAUUUGAAGUCUGGAGUUCCCCUGACCUUCAUGUAUUUCACUGCAAUUUCUCUAGUUGUAGUGUCUGCACGAAAAAACAAAACCACCAUUUCAUCGUCCCGAAGAGUCGCUUUACUCUCUUACAGGGAGUUGACAAUCUGACGACCUAUACCUUCCAGACUCAUGUUGCUAAACACACCUUCUGUAAAACCUGUGGAGUUCAAAGUUUCUACACACCACGAUCCAAUCCUGAUGGAUAUGGCGUUGCUCCACACUGUCUGGAUCCAGGAACUGUGCGCAGCAUCAUUGUGGAGAAGUUUUGCGGGGAGAAGUGGGAAGAAAGCAUGCAAGCUCACAAGAGCAUCAAAGACAUGUCUAAACCUGAAGGGGACAUGCUGUAAAAAUAACUGCUGCUACACAACUUUGAAAACCACUUUUUUUAAUAAACAUUGUACAAAAACGGAACAAUAAGAAUC